AUGUUUUCUACUCGCAUUAUCCCGCGCACUACACGUUUCCGCACACCCUUGGUGUCCCAUCGGUACCAGUCAACUGUCGCACCCACCACACCGGCGGGCAAGACUCUUGGCCCUCUCUCUGGUAUCCGUGUCCUUGACAUGACGCGCGUCCUCGCCGGCCCCUUCUGCACGAUGCUCCUGGGCGAUCUCGGUGCUGAGGUCAUCAAGGUCGAGCACCCGGCGCGCGGCGACGACACUCGUGCCUGGGGCCCUCCGUUCAAGCUGUACGAGAAAGAGGUUGCGGCCAUCGAGGGCAGCGCAUAUUACCUGUGCGCCAACCGUAACAAGCAGUCGAUUGCCGUCGACAUGAAGAUCAAGGAGGGGCGGCAGGUCAUUCUAGAUCUGGCCAAGGAGUCUGAUGUCUUCGUCGAGAACUACGUUCCUGGAAAGCUGGCCGAGUACGGACUCGGCUAUGAGGACCUGAAGCGGGUUAACCCGAAGCUCAUCUAUGCGUCAAUCACCGGCUACGGAUCCUUUGGCCCGUACGCCAACAAGCCAGGAUACGAUACCAUCAUCGAGGCCGAGGCUGGUCUCAUGCACAUUACUGGUGAGGCCAACGGGCCGCCGGUCAAGGUCGGCGUGGCUGUUACCGAUGUGACCACGGGAAUCUACGCACACAGCGCGAUCCUUGCGGCUCUGCUGUCGCGAGUAAAGUCCAACGUCGGCCAGCACCUGGACGUGUCGCUGAUGCAGACACAGGCGACAGUCCUGGCCAACAUUGCCUCAAGCUACCUGAUCGGCGGGAAGGAGGGCAGCCGACUUGGCAGCAGCCACCCGUCGAUCGUCCCCUACCAGGUGUUCCCGACCAAGGACGGCAGCAUCUGCAUUGGAGCUGGCAACGACAAGCAGUACAAGAUCUUCACGGACGCCAUCAACCGGCCAGACCUGCUCGAGAAUCCCAAGUACGCGACCAACGCAGAUCGCGUGCAGAACCGCGACGAGCUUGUUGCCCUGAUCACCGAGGCGCUGAGCAUCUGGAAGACUGACGAUCUGGUGUCAAAGCUCGAGGGCAGCGGAAUGCCGUUCGGGCCGGUCAACAACAUCAAGCAGACAUUCGAGCACCCGCAGCUGGUUGCUCGCAAGGUCGUCAAGGAGGUCGAGCAUCCGUUUGCUGGCACCCUGAAGCUGGUUGGCCCCGCCGUCGAGUACUCGAGCUCGCACGUCGGCGUGCGUCUGCCGCCGCCCAUGCUCGGCCAGCACACCGAGCAGGUGCUGCGCAGUAUCCUCAACUACUCUGACGAGCAGCUCGAGACCACUGUGCGCUCCGGCGGCGCUGUCCUCUACGACUACAACCUGCCUGCGCAGGACGCGUUCGAUCUUCCCUCUCAGUAA